AUGUCUGUUAGUAAAGUCAUAGUUUUUGGCGCUCAUGGAAAAAUUGGUCAACACGUUAUAAAAUUAUUAUCAAAACUUGAUUAUAAAACUACGGCUGUAGUAAGAAAUGAUGAACAAGCAUCAACUAUACAAAAACUUGCAGAUAAUUCUUCAAAUGUUUCGUCAACAAACUUAACUAUUGAUGAAGCAUCAGUCAAAGAUUUAAGUGGUUCGAUUAAAGGAAAUGAUGCAGUUAUAUUAACAGUCGGUUCAGCUGGUAAAAAUCUUUUACAAGUGGAUUUGGAUGGAGUAGUCAAGACAUUUGAAGCAAGUGUGGAAGCUAAUGUCAAGAGAUUGAUUUUGAUUAGUGCAAUUCAUGCUGAAAAUAGAGAAUUUGGUGAGAAAUCUCAAAUAAGAGAUUAUUAUAUUGCAAAACAUUAUGCUGAUAGAAUUUUAAUUGAUGAAUUUUCAAACAAAUUAGAUUAUACUAUCAUUAAACCAACUCAUUUAACUGAUGAUCCAUCAACUGGUAAAAUUGAUAUAAUUAAAAAUUUGAAUGAAGAUGUAGGUAAAAUCUCAAGAACCGAUGUUGCUAAAGUUUUAGUUGAAAUUUUAAAUUUGAAAGAAACUUAUGGUAAGAGCUAUAACAUUAAGAAUGGAAGUCAUGAUAUUGACAAUCCUUCAACAUAUGAGGCCUAG